UUCUUUCAUAGCUUAUGCCAAGUACACGUGUUGGAGUAACCUCCUUUAGACAUAAACAUAAGCAUUAUUGAAACUUCAAAAAUGGAAAACUUUAUAUAAUUAUAUACUCACUUGAACUUUAUUUAUUACCUCUAGAUUAGAGAAAGAUAUAUUUUCACCUGUCAAGUGGUUAACGCUAAUCAAAUUGUAUUUAUAAUAAACUCUCGAAAAAUGGGAAAAGUAGAUCGUGGAAAAGGUAAGCCUGGUCAAAAACUAUCAUGGGUGUACCGCAACAAAAAAAGAUUAGGACAGACCAAAAAAGCAGAAAAAUAUAGUGCUGAUCAAGUGCAGAAUCGAAAAGGGAGAAUUAUUAUUCGCAAUCUUUCAUUCAAGGUUACUGAAGAAGAUAUCAGAAAGCACUAUUCUAAGUUUGGUGAAAUUGAAGAGAUAAACCUUCUAACUCGUCCAGAUGGGAGUCUUGUGGGUUGCGGCUUUAUUCAAUUUAAAAGAGUUGAGGAUGCCUCAAAAGCAAUAUUUCACACAAAUAAGAAAGAAUUUCUUGGACGUACAAUUACGUCAGAUUGGUCAAUACCUAAAUCACAGUUUUCUAAGCAGAUGAAAGAAAAAGUUAUAUCUACUGAUGAGGAAAGUAAGAAACCAAAUGCAGAAGAAAGAGAAGAUAAGGAUGGUAUUGAGGAUGUGGUAGAAAAUGAUGGAAAGGAAGAUUCUGAAAAAGUCACCAUAUGCAAUGAAAUAGCAAAUGCUGAAAAGAAACAUAAGAAAACGAAGACGUUAACAAAAGAGGAACGGCGGGAAAUAAAACUAAAAAGGAGAAGAAAGAGAGCCAGAAUUAUUAUUAGAAACUUGUCAUUUCAAGCCACUGAAGAAGCAUUAAAAGAACAUUUUUCAAAGUAUGGAAAUAUUGAAGAAAUUCAAAUAUUGACAAAACCUGAUGGGAGACGCAUAGGUUGUGGCUUUGUACAAUUUGAACUUGUACAGAGUGCAGCAAAAGCAAUCCAUUAUGCUAACUUAAAGCCACUAAUGGGUAGGUCUGUCAUUGUAGAUUGGGCUGUACCAAAAAACAAGUUUGGUAAAGAAAUAAAAAAAGAAAAUAAUGCAGAAACUGUGGAAAUCAAAGAAGAAGAUGAUGUGAAGGAUGAAGACAAUGCUUCAAAACGUGAUAAGAAUAAUGAUAUAGAAAUACCGGAGAAUGGAGUUGAAAAAAGCAAUGAAACUAGUAGUCAUGAAGAUGUAUCUGAUGAAGAGACUGAUUCUUCCAUUAGAGAGGAAGAUGAAUCUGAACAAGAAGUCGAUGAAGAUAAUGAUGAAGAUGAAAAGAAAUUAUCUAUAAAAAAAGAAGAAAAUAUCGAGGAAGAUGAAGCAGAAGAAGAAAACAAACCUGCGCGUCCUCGAAUAAUCUCGAAUGACGUAAAUGAAGGGAAGACAGUAUUCUUAAAAAAUGUUCCAUUCUCAGCCAAAAAUGAAGAUCUUAAACAGUGCAUGGAACAAUUUGGACCUGUUUAUUAUGCUUUAGUGUGUAUGGAUCCAUUAACAGAACAUUCAAAAGGGACAGCGUUCGUAAAAUUCCAAAACAUUGAGGAUGCUGAGAAGUGUCUAGCAGCCGGCACGGAACUGAAACUUCAUGAUCAGAUUUUGGAUCCACACAGAGCUUUAAAUCGAAAUGAUGUUCAAGAUAAAAAAAGUUUAAAGGAUAAGAAAGUAACAGAUUCCAGAAAUCUGUAUCUCGUAAAGGAAGGCGCAAUUUUGGCUGGCAGUCCUGCUGCUAAUGGAGUAUCUGCAUCGGACAUGGCAAAAAGAUUACAAAUGGAACAAUGGAAAUCGCAGAUGUUAAGAAAUCUAAAUAUGUUUGUCUCAAGAGUUCGCCUGGUGAUUCACAAUCUACCUGCGACACUGGACGAUACGAAACUUCGUCAAAUUAUGAAGAAUCAUGCUGGGCCAAAGGCGAUUAUCAAAGAGGCACGAGUUAUGAGAGAUUUAAGGAAUGUCGACGCGAAUGGAGUUGGGAAGUCGAAAGAAUUUGGUUUUGUUACUUUUACUAAUCAUGAAGACGCUCUUAAGGCACUUCGUAGUAUAAAUAACAAUCCAAAUGUGUUUUCGCCAAAUAAAAGGCCCAUUGUCGCUUUUUCUAUAGAAAAUCGAGUGAUGGUCAACGCGAAAAAUAAGCGAAUUGAAAAUAGUCGUGCUAAAAAUCCUCUUUGGUCUGCAAACAAGCCAACGACGAAGGGAAAUGAAACUUCCGGUCCAAAAUCGAAAAAAAAUAUUUUAGAAAGUAAUUCAGGUCUGAAACGGAAGAACGGCAAAUUAGAAAAUGAUUCAAAUCCAAAACGAGCGAAGGGCCAAAAAACUGAAAAUUCCGAGCCAAUAACUGAAAAUUCCGAGGAACCUUCCUACUCUGGUACGCAGAGUAAACCCGGACAAGGAAAAAUGAGGUCAAAAUUCAACUUGAAAAACCAAGCGGCUGUCCACUUUCAAAAUUUGAAAAAAGAAAAGAAGAAAGUAAAAUCAGCCAAAAAAAAGCAGAUGAAAAAGAAGGAACAACAAUUAAGUCGAAAAGAGCCAAAGCCAAAGCAAGGAGCGAGGAAAGUCAAUAAAGAAGACGCAAAUUUUGACAAACUGGUGAACAAAUAUAAGAGUAAAUUGACUGUUGUACCUCAAACGAAAUCCAAGUGGUAUGAAACAUGAUUCCAUCAAAAACAAACAUCUGUAUAAUAUGUAUUAAUCAUAGAAAAAUAAAAUUAAUUAUUACAAUUUU